AGUUCCCUUCUCUCCGUAGACGCUAGUCUUUCUCUGAUUGGUUGAAUUUCCCCAGUUCCCGGCGGGUUUUAGCCGCUCGUAAAGAAUCGGUGUUGUCCAAAUUCUCUCUAAGCAUGUUAAUUCUUAUUACUGAAGUGUUUUGGAUAAUUUAUAAAUUCUGCUAAUGGUACAUUUUAUAAAAACAAGCCUUUUCCUCAGGUACGUUUGAAAUAUUUGAAAAUAAUUUUUGAUAUGGAACAGAUCUAUAAAACGAUUUUUAUGUGUAACAUAUCGAUAUCGUAAACAUUUCAAAAUGGCCGCUGUUUGUGUACAUUAAAAACAAAAUAAUGUUGUUGUUAUGUUACGUAGUUCUAAAGGCAUCUUCAAAUUGUGUAAUGUUGUCAUUCUAUUGCAUGUAGAUUUCGCUUAAUAUGUUACCAGGUGUCGGAGUAUUCGGCACUGGCAAAAUUAUCAGAGUUCUUGUUCCAUGUUUACGUGCCCGUGGGUUUAAAGUAGAAGCAAUUUGGGGUCGGACUAAAGAAGCUGCAGAAUUUGUUGCUACGGAGCUUGAUAUUCCAUUUUCUACGAAUAAAGUUGACGAAGUUCUUCUUCGUAAAGAUGUCGAUUUAGUAUGUAUUAUUUGUCCACCUCAUUUGCAUUCACAAAUAGCAGUUAAAGCAUUAGGUAUUGGCAAACAUGUUUUAUGUGAUAGACCAGCUGGCUUAUGUCAAAACGAAGUACUUAAAAUGGUACAUGCAGCACAGUAUUAUCCAUCUCUUAUCUCUGUACUUUUUCACAGUCUUCGAUUUUUGCCCGCAUUUGUACAGAUGCGAAAGGUAGUGAAAGAUGGUUACAUAGGAGAUUUAACUAUAUGUGAUGUCCAGGUUCAGUGCGGUAGUCUUUUACAUGAUCGUUAUGACUGGACAUGUGAUGAACUUAUGGGAGGUGGUCUGCUGACCAAUGUUGGAAGCCAUGUAAUUGAUAUCAUCACGUAUACCACAGGUCGUCGUGCUUUGAGAGUUCAUGGCAUGGUUCGAACUUUCACGAAGACUACACGUCAUGUUAAAGGAAUACGGCAAAUUACAAGUGAUGACUUUUGCACAUUCCAAAUGGAAUUAGAAGGUGGGAGUUGUGCAACUGUGACUUUAAAUGAACAUCUUCCUGGACAGUUUAGCCAGGAAGUACUGCUUUGCGGUACAGAAGGCCAUGUAGUUGUCAGAGGUGGUGAUCUUUAUGGACAGAAAUUGAAUUCUGUGAAAGAAGAAGUAUUGUAUCUCGACAUUGAAGACCUAAAAAAGUCUUCUGUGAUAUCAUUUAACAGUGUAUCUGUAUCUUCUACUGCUGAUACUUCAGAUUGUGCCGUUCAAAAUUAUCUGAAUGCUCUCUUGCCAAAACCAUACAUGAAAGGACUGUUGAAAAUGGUAGGUGCACUAAAAGAAGCUUUUGCUUCUCAAGAAGACUUGCAAAGCUGGGUUAAAGAACCUGUUGCGAUGGCAGCAUCAUUCGAAGAUGGGCAGUACAUUCAGGCUGUUAUAGAUGCAAUACGUUUGUCCUCGAAAGGUCGUGAAUGGGUGAAAGUGGAAAUUCUUUCAGAAGAUCCAGAAAUACAGCAGCCAAUGUUAUCUUCUUUAUCAUAAUAGUUUGUUUCCUGUAAAUAUAAAUAAUCUAUAUAUUUCAAAUUUGUGUAAGACAUACCAGCAUUUUAAAUAAGCAACAAAAAUGUGCAUAAGUAUUUAUAUGUUACUAAACAAGAUUUGUUUUGUGAUGCAUUUAACUUAUUUCAGAUUUUGCUUUGGGAAUGUGUUCUAUUUAAAUUUUUUUCUUGCCUUUUUUUGCCAUUUUCUAUGUUGUGUUUUUAAUAGGCUUAAAAGCUCUACAGACAUGACAUUAAAUUAAUAAACUAAUAAUUUUGUUAUAUAUAUAUUGUAUUUAUGUAAGAAUAUAUGUUUUCAUUGCUAAAAUGCUUUUCCUAAAUGUGGUCCGGCUCAGUAUAUGUAUAUAACUGAAACAUGACUUAUUUGUAACCAGAAUUGAAUGUUUUAAAGCUCAUUCAGAGCAUAUUAGCAUUAAUAUCUUCAAGAAGUUUUCACAUAUGUUAUUAUUUUCAAUAAGAAUAUCUCUGAUUUUCAUAUUAGAAUUAAAAAAUAAAGUAGGAACUAAAGACUUAAUUUGCUUUUUGAGGAAUUCUAGUAGCAAAAGGAACUGAAAUCAGUUAAUAAGCAUUUUAAAUGCCAGAAUUAAUCUGCAAUCUUUAGGGGUUAUUGUUCAGUUUUAUGAAGAGAAACUUAUGUUUAAUCCCUGUAUAUUUAAAUUAAAUUAAAAAUUAUCCUUUGCUUUUAAUAUAUUUUAUUUUUGUGCACUAAAGCGAAUUGACUCUUCCGAAAUUAUCAAAAUGCACGUAAAACUGCUAAAUUAGGUUAAAAUCUCGGAAUAAGUGCAAAACAAUUCAUUAGUUGAGAGAUUUCCAGACAAUAAGAUGGUAAAACUAUGCUGAAUGAAUCAGAAUGUACCAUAAAAGCUAACCAAUCAAGUCUACCAAUACACAGAUUGCUUCUGACUUCAGUUGGUACAGUAAGGUCUUAAAAAAAAAAAAAAAAAAAAAUGCAUGGUCUAUUUUGAAAUUUAAGGCGAGAGAUAAGCUUUUGCUGUAAAAAUGCAUUUAAAUUGGAAACCUAUAUAUGAGAUGAAUUUAAAAUCACCCUAUAAAUCAGGUGAAUAAUUAGUAAUCUAACUAGUUCACAUGUAAUCGAAACUAAGAGUCAAAGCAUUGCAAAAUGAAAAGGUAGUUCUGCUGCCAGUAGUUUGUUUUUAAUCUUCUCGUUUUGGAGCAUGCACAUCAUUGUUUUUAAUCUUCUAGUUUUGGAGCAUGCACAUCAUUUGGCACUUCGGCAACAGUAUGACUAAUUUAAGUUAUGAAAUCUUUCUUAAGCAAUUGCAAGACCCCACAAAGUUGCUCUUCUAACUUUAUGAAUAAAAUACAAUUCUUCAUUUUUAUGUAUAUAGUGAAAGAUGCUUAGGCAGAAAAGGACUGUGUACUCUAAUAGAUUUAAACUAAAAAUUAAUACCUUUUCCUAUGCAAUGCUGUGAACAGAACUAAAGAUGAUAUCUAAAAAAUAUAUGAGAAUAAUGACAUUCACUCGGAGUGACCUCUGGUAGGGUAAAACUUUCAAGAAUUUCUAGAACAUUCUCAGUCAAAUAUUGGUAUUAAAAACUUUGAUUAAUGUAUAUUAGAAAUUUGUGAAUUAUGUUGAGUGUAAGCCAGUCCCGAAAUUUCAGUAGUAAAAAAAUAAAACCUGCAAGAAAUCGAUCUUAUAAUCUUAUACAUGAAAAUGUACACUAUUUAGAAAUUGUUGGAGAAGAAAUUUUCGAUACCAUUUGAAAUAUGCUGAAGUUCCAUAAAGACAAAAAGAUUUGAGAUCAGUAAGGUUUUUCAGUAUAUGUGUUUUCGGAAUUUUUUUAUGCAGAAUUUUUCUGUUGCACUCCAUUUAAAAUUUAUGUAUUUAACUUCUAUUCAUUAUUCUGCAUUAAGGAAACUAUUUUAAUCAAAUUUCUGAUUUAUAAAUGCAAAGAAUUUAAUAUUGCUGUAAAUUGCUACUGAAAGAAUUUUAUUUUGUGAUAUAAUGUGAUACGAAACUUAAUUUUCAUAUUUCAGAUUUCUUCAAUUUCCUUGCUUCUGAAAAACCUAACGUCUCUACAACUAUAAGUUCUAAAAGAACACAAAAUAUGUGAUUUUUCCCCCCUCCGUCUUUGAUUUUGCCUCUUGCAGAUUUUCAUCUUUUAAGUUGUAAUUGAUGAAGUGAAAAAGUUUGUAGGUUUUCAUCUUCAAGUGUCUCUCUCUAUCUGUGUGCACAGACAGAGGUUAUUUGCAAUUUGGGAAGGCUAGUAAGGUCACAUUUACUAUAUGUUGUUUGCAUUUCUCAAUUAUGCUUUCAAUUUUUUUUUUCACUAUAUUUUCUAUUUAUCCAUUUGUACUUACGUAUUACACAAGCACCUUCAUGCAAUUUGGUGAUUUUUUAAGAAAAAGAAUGAUGACUUGUGGUAAAAAAUUAUUUAUUACCCACAUACAUAUUCCAUACAUGUAUAUUCCAUAUUUUAGUUAAAUAUUUCACAUGCAAAUCAUUAUUUCUUUUUCUCUGGUGAAAUUUUUGGCAUUCCCUUUACCAAUUUUGCUGCAAACUAUUAUUUUCCUGUAGAAAUUAUACUGCAGUUUCUCCUGCAUCAAGCAAAUUUAGGAGCAUAUGUUUUUAAAUUAAAGACAAAAAAUAUGUCUGUUAAGAAUUGCUGAAACUUGGAAUACAAUGGAAAGAAUGUGUACGAAAAUGGAGAUGCAAGAAUUAGUAUGUGCAUGGUUGCCUAAAGCAGAGCUUCUUAAACUGUGGGUCACAGGAUCUGCAGUAGGGGUCUCCAAAAAUUUUAUAAUUUUGAUAUAUCCUUUAAUUUAUAAUAAUUUUUAAAUUGCCAAAUAGUUUUACAUAGUGUGUCCGAAAAUAGAUAAAGGUUAGACAAAACAGACAAAGAAAAAGCAAAAUUAUUUCGAUGCAUUUUCUUAUGAUAGAAAUGUUUAUUUUACUUAAAAAAUUAAUGACCUGAAACUGCAAUAGAGUGACAAGUGAAGGAACUGACAAUUUUACUCGCGCCUGUGUCAGAUUUACAUAAUGCUUACGGGGGUCCCACAAAAGUUUCGUAAAUAUUAUGGGGUUCUCACACCAAAGAGUUUAAGAAAUCCUGGCCUACAAAAUUGCCAAAUAUAUGCUUGUCAGAAUUUUGCACAGUCUGCAAAUUUGACGACUUCUACUAAAGUGGUAAUGCUAAUACUUAAAUAACAUCUAUUUGGUUGCCGACACCAUUUUAUAAGCCAAUUUUGAGUUUUCAAUAUUUGAAUCCGUAUUAUAAAUGUCUGAAGUUACCAAAAUGUAAGUUAUAAUAGGUCACUAAUUGAUAAUUCUUUAAGAUUUGGCAAUUAUGUGUACUAUAGUUUUGAAAUAAAGUACAAAGUCUUUAAUCCAGACCUCAAAGCCACAAACUUAUGCAUGCGCAUUUGAUGCGCGCGUCCACUAUGCAUGCGCAUAAAGCCAGUAAAGCGUUUGCCCAUGCGGCUUUCCGAUAGUGAAGAAAGUAACAGUGAACGUUAUUGAAAACGAAAAAAUUUCGAUUGACAAGUUAGUCGGUAUUCUCGGCUCAGUAAUUA